UACGAUUAUAAUCAUCAUGACGAUUUGUUUGAGGCAGAGGAAGAAUCGCUGGAGACACUUUUUAAAAGUGAACCAAUGGACGGUGUCCAAGGAGAAGGUUCUAUGGCAGGACAGACCAUCACGCUUCCUGGCGACCCACCAUCUAUUUCAGAUCACUACAAUGUGGGUAUCACGGAUGCCGCCGAAGGCCCUGCAUUUAAUCAAAUGGAUCCUAAUGGUGAACAAAAAUCAGAACACACUGGUAAUCAACCUGUGUCCGUAGUCGGCGAGCAGCGACUGUUGAGUUCAAAUAUGCAACGAAGUUCCCAAAAGGAUACCGCCACUGCAGAGUUCUCAGUGUCUACAAUGCAGAGCCCAAAAGUUACUGGUACUGUGUCUCGAAACAAGCAUAAACACCAGUGCCCUCAUUGCCCCGCCACGUAUCCAAACACAUUCAAGCUGAAGACUCACAUCCGGACUCACACCGGCGAAAAGCCAUUCGUGUGUAAAGUCUGUAGCAAAACGUUCCAAGCGCAACGUUACCUGUACGACCAUAUGCAAAUUCACAACAAGGACCAUCAGUGUCCUCAUUGCCCUCGCAAAUUCGCACGGCAAUCCUAUCUUAAGGAACACAUUCGGAUUCACACCGGCGAAAAGCCAUUAACGUGUAAAUUUUGUAGGAAAACGUUCCGUACGACAAGCAGCCUGCGCACCCACAUGUUGACUCACACCGGCGAAGAGCCAUUCAUGUGUAAAGUCUGUAGCAAAACGUUCCAGGCGAAACUCUACCUGCGAAACCACAUGCUUAUUCACAACAAGGACCAAAAUCAAUGUGCUCAAUGUCCUGCCCAAUUCGCAACGCAAGGUCAACUUAAGGAUCACAUUCGGACUCACACCGGCGAAAAGCCGUUCAUAUGUAAAGUCUGUAACAAAACCUUCCAUGCGGCACGCAUCCUAUACGCCCAUACGAAACUUCACAAGCGCCAAGCUCUUCAUCAGUGCCCUCAUUGCCCUCAUAAAUUCGCACUACAAAGCAAGCUGGAGAAGCACAUUCGGACUCACACCUGCGAUUAGGCGAAUAGUAAUUCCGAUCUGAAGUUUGUCGUUAAGGGUUUCAUGCGAAAGCCUUUCUGCAUAAACCGUUGAACCGAUUCACAACAAGGAUAGGAACUUGUCAGAACGACAGAAUUCUGAAAGUCACAAACAGAAACAACUUAAAUGUAAAACAAAAUAUUUUAAUAAGUCUAUUGGAAAGUCCUGAUAACAGAACAAGUUCGUUAAGAAGGAACAUGAUAGUUGUGAUGAACAGGAUGAAUAGAACGCAGUUUAAAUAACGAUCAUCCAUUAACAUAUCUUGAUUUUAAGCUUUCUUAAGGCAACAAUUAGAUACUGCUUCGUUUAAUGCGUAUCCUUUGGUGAAGUUAGACUUUCUUUGAAUUCUUUGUUGAACAAUGAAAUAAACUAUCUAUAUAUAAUAUAUCGCUGGCUGGCGAACGGCU